AUGUUGAGACCAAUUAUUAUUGCCCUUAUAACUGCAGUAUUGCUAGUUGCCUCCACUGCCUCCACAGCUCGCCAACUGCCAAAGCAGCCAAAGCUAGGAAUCAAUCCUACUGUAAAUUUAAGCUGUGUUGAAAAGCACUGUGUUGGUCUCUCUGCCGAGUGUGUACUGGAUAAAGGAUGCAGGGAAACUGUAGAAUGCUCUUCAAAGUGUUUCCAUGAUUGGGACAAGGACACUUCACCGCAGAAGUUUGUCGUUCAAAACUGCACCAACAAGUGUGUUUUCACAUAUGGAGAAGAAGAGACGUUUAAAGACUACAUGGGUUGCCUCACUGAUAACAAGUGCAUUUCGUUCCCUCCCAUUUCUAGUACCUGCAAAGCAUCAAGCGUUAAACCAGUCAAGCAGCUGUCGACAAAAAGCUUUGACGGGAAAUGGUGGGUGCAGCGCGGAUAUCACAAGUUGUACGAUUGCUGGCCUUGCCAGACUAUUGAGCUUAAACAGAUCAACGAAACCGCUUGGCUGUACACUCCUCAAUACGAGACUUACCUCGUUAACAACAGUCUUACCCUCGUGACUAACCAACACUUUGUGAUUCCUAACACAGAGCCGGGAGAGAAUAUUUCCUUCAUCUAUCAUGACAUGGGGCUCGUUCAUUCUGAGGUCUGGUGGCCGUUGGACAAAGCUGAUGAUGAAUCAUGGAUCAUAAUGUACUACUGUGGGACCACUGCACAGUGGAACUAUGAGGGUGCCAUGGUAAUGUCCAAAAUUAGGAUCCUGGAUUUGUCUACUUACAAGCAAAUCGGAGCAAGUUACAAGCAAGCUGUCGGACUGGACAUCAACGAUUUCUGUUUUACGGAUACUUCAAGCGAUUGCAUGAAUACCUAA